CGUCAAGAAGACCAGUCAAUUUGACGAACGCGCCAUCACCUCUGUCAUCUUCUUGACUAGCACUCCUUCUUUAACCUCCUUCUUCUCCGCACAUUAUUAUCCAUCCAGGGUAUAACUGUCGCGCGCGCGCUCAAAAGAUGCCUGCCACCAACGGAAGUGCCAACGGCAAGGCUGGUGUCCUGGAUUACACCAAGGCCGAGGAGCUUCUCAAGGAGUACGAUUCUCGCGACGGCCUCGGCAUCCAGGACCUCAUGAAUGCCAAGAUCCACGGCGGUCUGACCUACAAUGACUUCCUCCUCCUGCCUGGCUACAUCGGCUUCCCCGCCUCCGAUGUGACCCUCGACGCCCCCAUCACGAAGCGCAUCUCCCUCAAGACUCCCUUCGUCUCGUCUCCUAUGGAUACCGUCACCGAGCACGAGAUGGCCAUUCACAUGGCUCUGCAGGGCGGUGUGGGCGUCAUCCACCACAACUGCUCUCCCGAGGCGCAGGCCGACAUGGUUCGCAGCGUCAAGCGCUACGAGAACGGCUUCAUCAACGACCCUGUCUUGAUCACCAAGAGCACUACAGUUGGCGAGGCUAAAAGCCUCAAGGAGAAGUGGGGCUUUGGUGGUUUCCCUGUGACUGAGGACGGCAAGCUCGGCUCCAAGCUCCUGGGUAUUGUUACCAACCGAGACCUCCAGUUUGAGGACGACCUCGAUCAGGCUGUUUCCAACGUCAUGGUUACCGACCUUGUGACCGCCCCAGACGGUGUCACCCUGACGGAGGCCAACAACAUUCUCGCCAAGUCCAAGAAGGGCAAGCUCCCCAUCGUCGAUAAGGAGGGCAACCUCGUGUCCAUGAUCUCUCGCUCUGAUCUCCGCAAGAACCUCCACUUCCCCCUCGCCUCGAAGCUGCCCGACUCUAAGCAGCUGAUCUGCGCUGCAGCCAUCGGCACCCGGCCCGAGGACAAGAAGCGUCUGCAGUUGCUCGUCGAUGCUGGCCUGGACAUUGUCAUCCUCGACAGCAGCCAGGGCAAUAGCAUGUACCAGAUUGAGAUGAUCAAGUGGGUCAAGGCGAACUUCCCUGAUCUCGACGUCAUUGGUGGAAACGUCGUGACGCGGGAGCAGGCUGCUGCUCUCAUCGCCGCCGGAGUCGACGGUCUCCGUAUCGGCAUGGGCAGCGGUUCCGCUUGCAUCACCCAGGAGGUCAUGGCUGUCGGCCGUCCUCAAGCUACUUCUGUCUACAACGUCAGCAGCUUUGCCUGGAGGUUCGGCGUGCCCUGCAUUGCCGAUGGUGGUAUCCAGAACGUCGGCCACAUUGUGAAGGGCCUUGCCCUUGGUGCCUCUACCGUCAUGAUGGGCGGUCUCCUUGCCGGCACUACCGAGUCCCCGGGAACCUCAUUCGUGUCCCGAGAGGGCAAGCUCGUCAAGGCCUACCGUGGUAUGGGCAGUAUCGACGCCAUGCAGGACAAGAAGGCCGGUGGCGGCGGUAAGGACAGCCAGGCCAGCAAUGCAGGCACGGCUCGUUACUUCUCUGAGGGCGACAGCGUCCUGGUUGCCCAGGGUGUCUCUGGUGCUGUAGCUCACCGAGGGUCGAUUGGUAAGUUCGUGCCUUACCUCGCGGCUGGCCUCAAGCACUCCAUGCAGGAUGCUGGCAUCAAGAGCCUGCAGGAUCUUCACGAGUCUGUCGAGAACGGCAAGCUUCGUUUCGAGAUCCGCACCGCCAGUGCUCAGCUCGAGGGUGGCGUCAACAUGGAGUCGUACGAGAAGAAGCUCUAUGCCUAAGCCUGGUAUCAUUGUGAUCCUUUGUUACACUCGCUUGCAUGGUUUUUAUAGGCGUUUGGGAAUAGGUUACUGCGGUUUAGUAUCCAGAAAGAAAAAGCAAAAGGGCGGGCUAUCAUGGGUAUUUUUUUGGGCAUCAAGGGAUCUUGACGCGUAUCUCGUCGCCGUCCAUCCUACUUUAUCUCGCAUCUGGCGAGGUAAUGUUGCGUCUCGAAUCUGGUCUGGAACACUAGCUAUGUAUAGCAUCAACAGAUUCAGACGUUUACUCC